AUGGAAAAAAUACAACAUCGGUUAGCAUCAUGGAAAUCAAAAAUCCUAUCCCGAGCGGGGAGACUUACUAUUAUCAAAAGUGUUCUCAAUAGCCUUCCCGUGUAUUAUAUGAGUAUGUUCAAAAUGCCGAAAGCAAUUGCUCUGAAAAUAGUAAAAAUGCAAAGAAGGUUCUUCUGGGAAGGUACAAAUGAAGUCAGCAAUCAAAAGAACGAAUGCCCGACGAUUAAAUGGGAAAGUAUCGAACUUCCAAAAGAACUAGGAGGCCUCGGGGUAGGAAAUAUGAUGCAUAAAAAUUUGAUAUUGUUAUUCAAAUGGUGGUGGCGGUUCUCCGAGUCUGAUAAUACUCUGUGGAAAAGAAUCCUUAUAUCUGUUUAUGAAAUCAAAGGGCUAAAAGCCUCAUCGGAGACAUUUAAAAAAGCCAAAGAAGGCACAUGGUUACAGUUGAUGAGCAAUGAAACAGACACAUCCAAAAUUAGAACCAUUAUUGAAGACAGCAUGUUAGUAAAGGUAGGGAAUGGAACAACCGUUCGCUUUUGGCAUGACAGCUGGUAUGAAAUAGGAAUCUUGAAGAGGAUAUUCCCAAGACUAUGGUGCAGAACCCUUUAUGAGAGUGAAAAUGAUGCAGUUGCCACACUCAAACAGCAGAUUGAUCAGAUACGGCCAAAUAGAGAAAGGGUGGAUGGUGUGUAUUGGAAACAUUCGGAUAACGUAGGAUACCCUGUGAAGAGCAUUGUUGAGAAGAUGAAAAAUUCUACCCCCAAGAGCUCAAUUGACAGUAUAGAUGGAAAUCUGGGUAGACUAAAAACUGGUGACUAUCUAGUGAGAUUGGGGAUUAUUGAACCACAGCAGGCAAAUGGUGGAAUAUCUCUAGCGCCCUACACAAUCAGUGUGCCAAUUUCAGCACUCAAUGGUUCGGACUGGGCAGCUCCAAACAUUCAUAUAUUUGUUUUCACGCUAAAUAUCAGAAUAGGAAUAUGGGCAAAAGAGAUGCUGGGACUUUCGGGGGUCUCACCCAAUGAGGUGACACAUAACAUUGGCUCGAUUCUGAGAUAG